AUGGCAAGCGGUAACCAUCCACGGCAGAGACACAUCAGUGCCCUGCCGGUGGCACAAGUGUCAGCUUCUCUGCUACGUGUCUUCAUCCCAAGUUUGCAACAGCAAGCUCCUAUGCCAGCUCGUGAACCCGGCACUGUUUUGCCGCCUCCUAGCCCUCAAUCCACCUCCCCACCAUCUCCUCAAAAAAUAGCAAACCAAGAAAUCGCCGGCAAGGUGAUGGAAACCGAGUCGGACGUAUCACCACAAGCCCGCCAUUGUUACCAGUCUUAUGUUGAAUAUCAUAAGUGCACUAAAGAAAAGGGCAGGAAUGCCCCGCAAUGUGACAAUUUUGCAAGGCAUUACCGGUCUCUAUGUCCUGAUGAAUGGAUAAGCAAGAAUUCAAUUUUUUCUUUCCUUAAUCUGAGAUUUUGAAUUUAAUUUUGUAUUUUUAUGUGUAAAUUGAAAGAUGGGACGAAGCCAGAGUGGUUGGAACCUUCCCUGCCGUAUGACGACGAGACACGUUAAAGGGAUUAAUACAUGUUUUUUUGUUAAAUUGUUUGCUGUUAUCCAAGUUUGGAGAAAUACUGAUCUU